AGUGCAGUGAGGACCAGUAUUAUUCUUUGUUUUCUUUUCUCCUUCUGCAAGUUGUGGAUGUGGAUAUCUGGCUAUAAUGCUAUAUAGUCACACAUUUUCUGUCUUUUUCUUUUUGGCUCUAUAGAGGAUCUCCCUUCUAUUGUGCACUCAAAUAACUCCAACUUUGUUUUGUUAAUUGUUACAAUCUGAGAAAUACCACUUUUUUUAAAUAUUGGCUGUCAAAUAGUGCCUAAAACAUGUCAGUGACUGUUUCCAUAUUUAAGAGCUAGAGCUCUGAAAGUCUUAAUACACAGUACACAAAACAAGUGCUUUUUUGGUUCAGUUAUAGUAUUUUUGACCUGAGGCAAUGAAAACAAGGAGAGGAAAACGCUCAGAGGCCUUUUGGCCUUCCCUUGUGAUGAAGAAAUGGUUAAACAUAAAGCCAAAGGUGUAUGAUUUUAGUGAAGACGAAGUGGACACUGAAACUGAGAGUGAAGAUGAUGCUUGCUCUCUUAAAGAUUCAAGACUUGGCGUGCGUGAAGAUAAUCGUCCACUUAGAACACAAUCCAUAUUCCCAAGUCAAAUAUCAGACACACCGUGUAAGGGCUACAAUACAAAACAUAGAAGAGGGAAAUCAGAAACUCUGCGUGUUCAAUACAUAAAUACAAAGGAACUGAGGGUAACAAUUGGCACAUGGAAUGUUGCUGGAAGAGCUCCAAGUAAGGAUCUUGACAUUGAGGACUGGCUUUGUACCAAUGAGCCAGCAGAUAUUUACAUUAUUGGUUUCCAAGAGGUUGUCCCCCUGAGUGCUGGAAAUGUUCUAGGGGCUGAGGAUAACACACCCAUCCGCAAAUGGGAAGCGAUCAUCCGAAGAACUCUAAACAAAUCUUCUGAACCUGAAAGCAAGCACAAAAGCUACAGUGCCCCUCAUUCUCCUGUUCAAAAAACUUCUUCUUCUGCUUCUGUUAAUGCUCUAGCAGACAGUGUAGAUGUUAAUCCACUAGACAUGAUGAAUGAGGAGUAUUUAGGAACUUUUGACAAUGAUGAUCUAGAACAAGAGGAAGUGAAAAGCAGCAUAUUCGGUAUAGGAAAGAAUUUACAGCUGAGGAAAAUACAUGACAUUGAUCUUCAGACUAUACUUGACUGGCCUGAACGUCCAUUAGAUGCAACUCCACAUACUGAUUCCAGUCCGAAAUUGCGCCGAGUACUAAGCAGCUCAGAGAGAACCGGCUUUAGCUGGACAGAUACUGCUUCAAAAUAUUCGAAUGCAAUGAAACGGUCACACCAUAGUUCUGGAAAUUUGGGCUUGUUAUGGAAAGAGCAGAAAGUGAUGCCUGAAGAAGUAAUUGAUAUUAUUGACGACUUAUCUGACAUGCUAUCAGACGAGGAAGAUGAUGAUGAUUAUUUUGAAGUAGCAAAUGACAAAGAAGUUAAUGGAAUAAGUAAGGUGAAAUCUCAUCGUAAAUAUGUCCGGAUUGUCAGCAAGCAGAUGGUAGGAAUAUAUGUGUCUGUUUGGGUGCAAAGGAGGUUGAGAAGGCACAUUAAUAACUUGAAAGUUUCUCCAGUUGGAGUUGGUCUUAUGGGCUACAUGGGAAACAAGGGGUCUGUUUCAGUUAGUAUGUCUCUCUUUCAGUCACGUUUGUGCUUUGUUUGUUCCCAUCUGACUUCUGGCCAGAAGGAUGGGGCAGAAAUAAGACGAAACGCAGACGUUCAUGAAAUUCUCCGCCGCACUUGUUUCUCAUCCGUCUUUGAUACAGAUCAACCACAAACAAUCCCAUCUCAUGAUCAAAUUUUCUGGUUUGGGGAUUUGAAUUAUCGUAUCAAUAUGAUGGAUGGGGAGGUUCGAAAGCUGGUAGCUCUAAAGAAUUGGGAUGAACUGAUGAAUUACGAUCAGCUAAGUAAUGAAUUACGUAGUGGUCAUGUGUUUGAUGGAUGGAAAGAGGGGUUGAUAAACUUCCCACCCACAUACAAGUAUGAUUUUAAUUCUGAUAAAUACAUUGGUGAGAACCCAAAAGAAGGGGAAAAGAAGAGAUCUCCAGCCUGGUGUGAUCGUAUAUUGUGGUUAGGAAAAGGAAUAAAGCAACUUCAAUACAGGCGUUCAGAAAAUAAGCUCUCAGAUCAUCGACCAGUUAAUUCAAUAUUCGCUGUUGAUGUUGAAGUAUUUGACCACCGCAAACUACAACGAGCACUGAAUUUUACAAAUGCAGCAGUACACCCUGAGGUUUUCCUUAAAGAAGAUGGAGAUUGGUCAUAUUAGAUAUCCACCAAAGAUUGGGGUCUAUAAACAUACUAAUUACCGGGUGAAAGAAAAUGGGCUUUAGCUUUGAAGUCAGACAGAUAAUGAAAAAGAUGUCAAAUUUUAAGGGCACACUCACCACAAGUUCUGCAGGCAGUUCCUUUUUUAAUCUCUUUUCGGAGUCUUAAUCAUUACAUUAGAGAUAGUUAUAACAAGCAAAUGUACAUAGGCAUACAUUAGGAUAUUGUGUGACACUGAGUUUUUUUUUCCUCUGCAUUGUGUGACACUUUAUUUCUUUUUUUUUUUCUUUCUCUGUAUUUAGCAUCCGAAAACAAUGUUUGUCCAAUUUUGAUCUAAUUAGCUUCCAAGUUAAAUCUUAAUAUAUCUUUUGACUAAUAAA